CCGAGCUCCGCCGCCGCCGAGCACCAUGGGAGACGCCGGGAGCGAGCGCAGCAAAGCGCCCAGCCUGCCGCCUCGCUGUCCCUGCGGCUUCUGGGGGUCCAGCAAGACUAUGAAUCUCUGUUCCAAAUGCUUUGCUGAUUUUCAAAAGAAACAACCAGACGAUGAUUCUGCUCCAAGUACAAGUAACAGCCAGUCAGACUUGUUUUCCGAAGAGACCACCAGUGACAACAACAAUACCUCGAUAACCUCGCCAACUCUUAGUUCCAGCCAGCAGCCGCUUCCGACAGAACUGAAUGUAACUUCACCAAGUAAAGAGGAGUGUGGGCCAUGCACAGAUACAGCUCAUGUCUCAUUAGUCACACCAACCAAAAGAUCCUGUGGUACAGAUUCACACUCUGAAAACGAGGCUUCACCAGUGAAACGGCCACGACUACUGGAGAGUACCGAACGGUCCGAGGAAACAAGUCGAUCGAAACAGAAGAGUCGACGUCGGUGUUUCCAGUGCCAAACGAAACUGGAGCUGGUGCAGCAGGAAUUGGGAUCAUGUCGCUGUGGUUACGUGUUCUGUAUGUUACAUCGCCUCCCUGAGCAGCAUGACUGUACAUUUGACCACAUGGGGCGCGGCCGAGAGGAAGCCAUCAUGAAAAUGGUGAAACUGGACCGGAAAGUGGGGCGCUCCUGCCAGCGCAUUGGGGAGGGGUGCUCCUGAAGGCCAGGCGCGGCCGCCACCUGACGCUGUUCUUAGUUCACUAAUGUUAGCCUUAUUUAGGACAAAGUCAGCCAGACACCUUGUACUGGGCACGUGUCAGACUACAGCCAGUCUGUUUCCUUUCUUUAGCCAGCCAUCCUGGUACUGUAGUUUAGAGGUUGAUGGUGGUUGAAAUUGAUUUCUGGCUGGUUACUAAGGUGCCUGCUAGCCAUUGUAUAAAAUUAAAACAUGAAGAAUAUUUU